AUGAGUGAAACUCACAAGAAUCAGCUUGAUAAAGUAUCAACAGUUUCACCGGAUGGGCCAAGCGAAGCUGUUAAGGAGCAUAGUUUACAGAGCAAAGAUCUUAGCAAGAACGAUGGCCAAUUCAUUGUACCUUUAGAUCGUAACGUCAUCGAACAAGAGGAACAUAAGCAAGUGAAAUCUUCUGCACAAGCGCACAAUACUACAGGGGACGCUGCAGAUAAUGAAAUUGAAGACGGUGUACCUAGCGAAGAUGUUGAAUUUGAUAAGUUCAAGGAAGAUGACUACGAUGAGGACGAUGAAGUUGAAGAAGAGGGCGAUAUCAGAUCUAGGAAAAGAAGGCGACACAAUCAGUUUCUGGAUGUUGAGGCUGAAGUCGAUGACGAAGAAGAUGAUGACGAUGAUGAUGAUGAUGUUGAAUUAAAACAUGAUUUUAUUCAAGAUGACCACAUACAACACGAAACUCAAAAUGAAGGGUUCAUUGCUGGACAUGUUGAUGACGACCGACUUCACAGAAAAUUGGAUCAAUCUAGAGAGAAAAUAGCUGAUCAGGAUGCUCAAGAACUUGCUGACGAAUUUAAACAACGGUACGGACGUUCUGCUUCAAGCAAAUAUAUGGGAAGUGCAUCAACUACUGCGCCACAAAGACUUUUGAUACCCACCGUAGAUGACCCAGGUAUUUGGGGUGUGAAAGUCAGAUUGGGGAAAGAAAAAGACGUUGUUCGUCAGAUUCUCAAAAAAAAGCUUGCCCGUGAAGGCACCAAGAAUCCACUGGAAAUUUAUUCCGCCUUCCAAAGAGAUAGUUUCAAGGGACAUGUUUACAUAGAAGCUCGAAAAGCUGAAGCUAUUAAUGAUGCAUUGAAAGGAAAUGUAAACGUUUUCUCAAAUAACUCAAAGUUUUUGGUCGGUAUCGUUGAAUACAAAGAUCUUUUGAGACCUGUAAAGAGUUCAGAUGUGAAACUUACUAGGGGUUCGUAUGUUAGAGUGAAGAAUGGAAAAUUCAAGGGCGAUUUGGCCCAAGUGGAUGAAGUAUUGGAAAAUGGUUUAGAAGCUAGAUUGAAACUUGUCCCCAGAUUAGAUUACGGAAAGGAUUUGAGCCACUUGUCUACAAGUUCCAGUGUCGAUAGUACGAAAAAUCGACGGAAAUUUUACACCAGCAAAUUUAGACCCGCUCAACGGCUUUUUUCGGAAGCGGAAGCCAGGGUUCAUGAACCAACUAUAAGGAGGGAUAGAGAUGGAUUUGUUACUUACGGAGGUGAAGAAUAUUACGAGGGAUUUUUAUACAAGACAUUUCGUCUUCAAAACCUGAUAGUUAACAGCAUCAACCCAACUUUAAAUGAGCUCUCUCUGUUUCAGUCGAAUGAGGAAUCUACAACAAUUGAUCUCAGCACCAUUGCGGAUUCUUUGAAAGAAACUGCUAAAAACUUGGUUUCUUUUCAACCUGGUGAUAAUGUGGAAAUAAUAAAUGGGGAGUUAAAUCAUUUAACGGGAACUGUUAGUUCGGUAAAUCAAUCUACAAUUGUUUCCGUUAGACUCCAUUCGGAUGAUGAUACUAUUAACAGCGAAACUGUGGAAAUACCCACAUCUGACCUAAGGAAAAUAUUCAACGUUGGGGAUCAUGUGAGAGUGAUUCAUGGAAAGCACACUGAUGAUACAGGUUUGAUAGUCGAAGUCAAUGGGGACAAGGUAGAAUUUAUUUCCAAUCAGACGAAGCGCACAGUCAUUGUUUUUUCCAACUACCUAAUUAAAUCAACUGACAGCACAGUCUCAAUAAACGAAAGUGGUAGAUUUGAACUGCAUGAUCUAGUUCAAGUGAAUUCUGAUUUGGUUGGAAUUGUUAUCAGAGCCCAAAAGGACUCAUUUGACGUUCUUUGUAGCGAUGGGAAACUGUUAUCCUUACCUCCCGUUUCUAUCUACUCAAAGUUAAAUUUGAACCCCAAUCAGCAAAUCGCCAUCGAUUCUAAUGGUGUGGAAGUCAAAGUUGGCGACACUGUUAGAGAGUUUACUGGUGAGAGAAGACAAGGAACUAUAUUGCAUGUUUAUCGAAAUUUUUUAUUCUUGAGAUCAAGGGAAAUUGUGGAAAACCAAGGGGUGUUUGUUACGUCUUCUAAUAGAGUUAAAACCAUCACCAGCAAAUCCAACGGAACGGGUGGUCAAAUCUCCGGGCCAGACUUGUCUCGUAUGAAUCCCUCAAGAGUUAUACCCCCACCAAGUAUCCCAGUUGCGAAUCAAAGGAUGACAGGACGGGACCCAACCUUGAAUAAAACCGUCAAAAUUCGACAAGGAGGAUAUAAGGGUAAGAUUGGUAUCGUUAAAGAAGCCAAUGGCGAUAGGUUUCGUGUGGAGUUGCAUAAUCCUAACAAAACUAUUCCCAUUCCGUGCUCGUUUUUGCUCAUCGAGUCCACUCAUGGCUGGGUACCAUAUGAAGAUUUUGUCGCUUCCGAUAGGAGAGGUGGAAAUAUUCCACGCCAUGAAAUUUCUGGCCAUGUACAGCAGCCACAACAUGGAAGAGCUCCGGCCUGGGGUUCUGGUGGUAAGACUCCUGCGUGGGGUUCUGGUGGUAAGACCCCUGCAUGGGGUUCUGGUGGAUCUGGCGGUAAGACUCCAGCCUGGGGUUCAGGUGGUAAAACCCCUACUUGGGGUUCAGGCGCUAAAACUCCUGCUUGGGGUUCAGGUUCUAAGACACCAGCGUGGAGCGGAUUGGAUGAAGAGGACCGGAGAGAUUUUUGA